AUGACCUUGUUAGUGGGCGGUUUUGAGUCCCACGUUUUAUUCGACUCUGGAGCAUCGAAUUGCUUCAUUACACCGGAGCGUGCCGAGAAGAGUGGCAUCCGGAGUAGCGCGGGCGAGAGCGCGGGCAUGGUCAAGGUGGCGGGAGGUGGAUUCUUGUCUACUUUGGGCCGUGCUAGAGGAGUCGAGAUCGAGAUUGCGGGGCAGUCAAUGCCAGCAGACUUAGUCAUCAGUCCGGUGGAGCUGUAUGACGUUAUUCUCGGGAUGGACUGGUUGUCACACUACAGAGUUCAUCUGGAUUGCUACAGAGGUAGAGUGGUCUUCGAGCGAGAUGCAGGGAGGUUGGUUUAUCAGGGAGUGAGACCGACUUCCGGGAGUAUUGUGAUAUCUGCUAUUCAGGCCGAGCAGUUGUUAGAGCGGGGCUGUGAGGCGUAUCUGGCGACGAUUUCUAUGUCUGAGUCAGGAGCUGGAGUUGUUAUGGGAGAUAUUGAGGUUGUCCAGGAUUUUGAGGAUGUCUUUCAGUCACUGAAGGGAUUACCACCAUCUCGGUCUGAUCCUUUCACGAUUGAGUUAGAGCCGGGGACAGCACCGAUAUCGAAGACGCCUUACAGGAUGGCGCCAGCUGAGUUGGCAGAGCUGAAGAAGCAGAUAGAGGACCUUUUGUCUAAGGGGUUCAUUCGACCAAGUGUUUCACCGUGGGGAGCACCGGUGUUGUUUGUGAAGAAGAAGGAUGGCAGUUUCAGACUUUGUAUCGAUUACAGAGGUCUUAACCGAGUCACUGUGAAGAACAGGUACCCACUCCCGAGGAUUGAUGAGUUUGGAUCAGUUGAGGGGUGCUACUUGGUUCUCCAAGAUUGA